CUUGUUCGGUCGUUCACUGCUGAUUGAUUAUUUACCAUUUUAUUAUUUUGAUUUUGUUGUCAUAAUUUUGCUAUUACAGAAAUGAAAGUUAGAAGAUAUUGAUAUUCAGCUUAUAAUUAAACAAGAAUCCAUUUGCAAUGAAAAAUCAAAGGCGGUGACGAUUGUGAAGGUUGUUAACAAAUAAUACUUAUUGUUUAAUGGGUUGUGCCGUGUCGUGCGUCAACCGAGCGACAAUGUCGUUGUUUGGUAGACAGAAUAAUGAUAAUGAUGCUCGAGCAAAACUGGAAAGGAAGUUAUACAUCGCCAGGGAAUCGCCAGAGCCUGAUUUUGAUCUGUCAGACUGCCAGCUUCGUCAAGUACCGUCCGGUACUUUUUCGAUAUGCAAGGUGUACCGAAAAGAACGUUUGUAUCUGCAUGCUAACUGUCUGCAGUCACUGGAAGAAGGAGGCCUAUUGUCAGAUUUGUACCUUGUUAAGGUAAUAAAUCUUAGCAGUAAUAGAUUUGUACAGCUACCCAGUGAUAUUAGAUAUCUGGUAAAUCUGACUGAGCUGUACAUUCAAGACAACCAAAUUAAAGCCCUUCCUGAGAACAUACAGUAUAUGCAAUCAUUACAAAUAUUAGAUGUCUCCAAAAAUAAGCUACAAAGUCUAACACCAGCCAUAGGUAAAUUAAAAAAUUUAAAGAAAUUAAACCUCAAAGAAAAUAAAGAUUUGUAUGAACUCUGUCCAGAAUUAUGUUUAGCUACUAAUCUGAUGUCACUAGAUAUAGAUGGUGAACAAUUUUUAUUCCCUCCAUCUGAUAUUGCCAUACAGGAUACUCCAGUUAUAAUGAAAUUUUUGUGUGAUAAAAUGAACAUAGAUUAUAACCCUCCAAUAUCCAUAGACUCAGUUGACAUGCCAACAGUUCAAACCCCUACAACAGUUCUGGAUCCAUUUGCUAGACGUAAUACUCUAACAUGGGAGGAGCAAGAGGCUGCCAUCAUUGAACAAGAGAAUAGAUUACACAAGGCAGCUAAAGAACAAAGAGAAAAGUUCUUAAAUACAAUAAUACAAGAACAGAUGGAGUUAGAUAAUGAGAUAGCUAAAGUUCAUAUGGUAAAAGAAAUUGAUAGACAAAAACUCAUAAAAGCAAUACAAGAAGAUGAAAAGGAAAUUGAAUGUCUAGUUAAGAACUUUAUACAGUCUGAUUAUUUAAAACCAGAAAUUAUUCAGCAACAACUUGCUUACGAGCAGGCUGAGCAUGACAGAUUACUUGAGAUUACUAGGCAAAACUAUGAUAAUAUCAAAAAGGCUGAUGUAUUAAGGGCAAUGGAAAUGCUCAUUGAAGAAGACUAUGCAGUGAGACAUUCCAAGAAGUAUUAUGAAGAUUCUCUGAAUAAUGUGAAACAAAGCAUGCUAAUGCAAGAUUUAGAAGUAAGUGGAAAAUUGUCAGAGCUCUUAAAUGCCAAAGACCAAUCACGCACGGUUUUAGUGGAACAGCUAUUAGAAGAUCAGGAUGUUCAAAUGGCGAUUGUAGCUUCAUUGCUAGAGAAGGUUGAUGCUAAAACAUGGAGCUUGAAUCAGGAAAUAUCAUUGAUUUCUUCGCAUUUGGCAAGGCUCAGUGUUAUCGAACAAGAAAAGAAGAGAUUGCAAAUAGCAUAUAAUUAUAAUGAGUUGCUUCACCAGAGAAUACAAUUGGUAAACUUAUUAGAUGACCUUUUUGGUCAACAAAAUAAACGGCGAAAACAACUUGUUGAAACUUUAAAGGAAAUGGAUAGUGAAGCAAAUAAAUCGAAUGAUUUUUGGUUGAAGAAUUAUCAGAAGUUAAUAGAUUCUGCUCCAAGAACUCUAUUGGAUAUUGGAAAAAGUUUGGACCCCAUUCUAGCUAACUACCUUUUACAAGAAGGUGUAAUACAUUGUUUACCAUUCCUGGUUAAAUUUUUGUUUUCUGGUGAGUCCCUAUUGAACAUCACCAAAGAACAACUAAAGUUAAGUGGUGUCUCAUUGUCAACUGACAGAGAUGCUAUUAUAAGAGCAAUACAUUUAUAUGUAGGAGCUAAGAGCCAGAAUCACAACUUUGAGGCAUCAGCUGUCAGUGCCCCAAGUGCUCCUUCUGAAGAACUUACUGAGGAGCAGCAAUGUACGGGGGUGGUUACAAUAAGUGAAGCCGAGGACACAGUGCUAGAGGCAGAGUGUGUCAUUUGUAUGGAUGCAAAGAGUGAAGUAGUUUUUGUACCAUGCGGUCACAUGUGUUGCUGCCAGCCAUGUGCAAGCAAGGAGAUGGAGAGCUGUCCUAUGUGCAGAACUACCAUAGAAAGGAAAAUUAAAGUUAUGGUUGCAUGAUGACUCUUGAUUAUGAGGAGGCCCAAGAAAAAGAUUGAAAGGUGAUGAAGCAUUAAUGUAAAA